UCUGUUUUGCCGCAAGCGGGACUCGCUCUUCCCCUCGACAGCCAACGACGUCACGGAUCAACCGACAAGCGCCCGCUUUCUCCAACUCUCUGUUCAGCACCGUCCUUGAAUCAACACCUUCGCCCUGUUAAUUGGGAAUCGAAGUUAUACGAUCGCAUGGCGGAUAGAGGCCUGCGAUUCCGUUGCGUUCAUGAUGCGCUCAAAGCCCUCGUCUUCCAUGCAGAAGACGUACGAUGAGUGCUAUCUGAUCUGCUCCACCGCUGUCUACUUUGAAGGACAGAAUAAUGAAGCAGAGGCUCUACGAUCAUGGCGCUCCGCGCUCGAGACGAUCUAUUACCACAACGCAUAUCGAGUCCCUCAUAACUACGUCCCCAAAACGGAGACAGAGAAAGCGCUGCAGGAGUCGAUUCGUCAGCUGGAAAUGCAAUGUAAAGAACGGGUGCAGCUGCUAGAGGCGCUACAGCAGAGCAGAAAAGAGGCGGAGCAGGCCUCUGGUCAGGCUACUCCUAAGGGGAGACUAGAGAAAGGAAAAGGUCCGUCGACUGGAUCGAGCGCGAACACUACCCCCGGCUGGAUCGGGGAUGGCACCAUACCGGCUGUGGACUAUAUGGAUUUGUCGAGACCUGUGCCGUUGCCACCGAGGCCGACGGCGGCUUCGAAGAAGAGUUCGGACUCUGUCUUUCAGAAGCGCAGUGAUAAGAAAGGCUCUCCGGCCAGAGACAUCUCGAAUGCGAUCUCUGCUCCGCCCGUAUUACCAGUUCCAAAGGUCUCGCCCACGGUGACGCCUCGCGGGACCAGUCCGGAGAAGCGCAAAGGAAUGCUCACGACAUUGAGGACGAAGGAUAACAAGAAGUCUUCGUCCAAGUCCAAAGGCUCUCCAGGGCGUAAUGGAAAUCCACCGGCUGCUUCCAAAGCUGCGGGGCUUGCUUGGGGCAGCCUCUCCCAUACGUCUUCUUCAGAGCGGAAUCCCAGUGCUGGGGAGGCAGCAUUGACAUCCUCCAGACUUAGCAUGUCAAGCGACGGCGGCCUGAGGAGAGAUCAGGAUGUGAAAAGCACACCAAGCGACGAAUCUCCCAGACCGAGCAGAGCGCAUGAUCUAUCUGACUCCAUUCCUAGCUUGAGUCGGCGAGAACCACAGCACGCAGAGCAAUCACCAAGACGGACAUCAGCUGCCACGCAGGCUGUGUACUCUUCAAGUGCUGGACGGUCUUUGCCGGAGACUCCUGGUCCUCCUUCUCCUGCAAGACUGCCCGACACAGCGUCUUCGCAAAAGCCGGUCAUAAAGCCCAAACCCACAGCAUUGAGGUCUUCGGUGGAAGCCAGCCGACCCCAGGCUUACAGAAAGCAAAGCUCGCAGUCACAACCGUCACUGUCGCCUGCUGAGGAUCUGGCCGGGGUCAGAAAUUCGCAGACCAAAUCGGCUCCAGGAAUUAAACCGAGCGACCAACCUUACAUGUCGAACUUGUCAGGAAGUGGCGACGAAGGUAUCCGGCGCUCUGCCAGGAAGACAGAGCUCAGCAGAGCCAAUGCAGUCUCGCAGCCUCGGCGAAAGGUUCAUUCGACUCCCCGGCAAAGGAUCACCCCAUCGUCGAGCGAGCACGAGUCAUCUGAUGGGAACCUGUCGGCUGACGAGGACACAAAUAUCAUGAAUAUCAUGAAACGCCUCCCGAAGGGAGUCGAUCCCGCCACUGCGAGACAAAUUCUCAACGAUAUUGUUGUUCGGGGUGAUGAGGUCCACUGGGAUGAUGUCGCAGGGUUGGAGGUAGCGAAAAAGGCUCUCAAGGAGGCUGUGGUUUAUCCAUUCCUACGUCCGGACCUGUUCUCAGGGCUCCGUGAGCCUGCAAGAGGAGUGCUUCUAUUUGGGCCUCCGGGGACGGGAAAGACAAUGCUUGCGAGAGCAGUGGCUACAGAAUCCAAGUCAACGUUCUUCUCCGUGUCGGCGUCUAGUCUAACGUCCAAGUGGCAUGGUGAGAGCGAGAAGCUCGUGCGAGCGUUGUUUGGCCUUGCGAAAGCGCUGGCUCCGUCUAUUAUUUUUGUAGAUGAGAUCGACUCUUUGCUUUCGUCGCGCUCGUCUGGCACGGAAAACGAAGCUUCACGGAGGUCAAAGACGGAAUUCCUCAUCCAGUGGUCAGAUCUGCAGCGUGCUGCAGUUGGGAGAGAAAGCAAAGAUGGAGACGCCAGCAGAGUGCUCGUUCUGGCCGCCACGAACAUGCCAUGGGAUAUCGACGAGGCCGCUCGCCGGAGAUUCGUCCGUAGACAGUACAUUCCUCUUCCCGAGCACGACGUACGAGAACAGCAGAUCCGCAAGUUGCUCAGCCAUCAGAAGCAUGAACUGUCGGACGCGGAUAUUGAAGUUCUCGUGCGCGUUACCGAAGGCUUCUCGGGGUCGGACAUUACUGCGCUGGCCAAAGACGCCGCCAUGGGCCCUCUGCGCAACUUGGGAGAGGACCUUCUUCAUACUCCUAUGGAGCAGAUCCGGCCCAUCCGCUUCAGCGACUUCGAGGCCAGUCUAUACUCCAUCAGACCCAGUGUCAGUCGAGAGGGUCUUCAGGAGUACGAAAACUGGGCGAGACAGUUUGGUGAAAGGGGCGGUUAGAUCUGGCAUCUUUCUCCUGCUCUUGUAUUACCUUACGUCGCAUCUAUGAGCGGUCUUUUUCUUCGUGUCAUAUUUCAAUAACACAUGACGGGCGGUCGAGUCGCUGUCUGAUGAAAAGAAAACGGUUAUGAUUCGAUACCUUAAUAAGUCCUGGGG